AAGCGUUCAGUCUUUUCCGGACCGCGUACCGGGCUUAGGGUUGUUUUUCGCUCCUCCCGCGAGUUGAUCGGAUCCUGUCUGUUUUGCAGAUCGAAUGGUCUGGAAGUGAACGGUUCUUGAUUUUCUGGCACCUGGAAAGUUCACAUGGACUGUUGAAAUCAAAGCCCACUUCAAGAAGAAGCGUCUCGGCUACUUAGUGAGUCUGAACAGGAAUACUUCCACGGGCCCGGAACGUUUUCCGGGGAAAAGUCAUCAUCAUGGCGGCCACCUCCAAUUGGGACAAAUUUGUGCUGCUUCUUUGGAAAAACUGGAUCAUUCAGCUGCGCCACUAUCUCCAGACGCUGUUCGAGAUCCUGGUUCCGGUACUGUGCUGUUCCAUCUUGCUUCUGGUUCGAGGCCUGGUGGAUCCGGACUUUAUCGAGAAAGAAACCAUCUUCCGACGACUGGGUAUCGAGAAUCUCUUUCGAUAUGAUUCCAUUGCGGAGAAUAAGUUGGUGUAUUCGCCACAAAACGCCCUGCUGGACGAUUUGAUGAAAGACGCAUCGCAAUCACUGAAUGUUAGCUUCGAAAGUUAUGCGAAUGCCCGGGAACUAGAGUCCACUUUAAUGGAACGGGACAUUUUGGCUGGCAUUGAGUUCGACGACUUGUUGAAGGAUGCAACUGAACUUCCGGAAAAACUGUCCGUUGCGUUGAGAUUUCCGGGUGAGCUGCGAAUGGCCGGGUUUUUUGAAAACUGGCAAACGCGAUUGCUGAUGGUUCCGUUUUCCCCGAGACUUCGAUCCCGUAUCGAUGACACAGGUGGUAUACCCAAUUAUUUCAUGGAAAACUUUGCAUCGGUCCAAACGGCCAUUUCCAAAGCCUUCCUUCGAGCUCGCAACCCCGAUUUGAGGAUGCCGUUUAUUUAUUUAAACCGUUACCCAUACCCGCCGUAUUACAACGAUCCGAUUCUGGAACCGAUGGUGGCGCUGCUUUCGCUGAUCAUCCUGCUCUCAUUCUUCUAUCCCUGCAUCGUGAUGAUCAAACACAUCACCAUCGAAAAGGAGCGGCAACUGAAGGAGGCCAUGAAGAUUAUGGGGCUGGCCAACUGGCUGCACUGGAGCGCCUGGUUCGUCAAGAACAUGCUGCUGCUCGUUGUGUCCAUAUCGCUGAUUACCAUUUUGCUGUGUGUUCGAGUCAACAAUUCAUCGAUCCUGGAGUACUCGGACUGGACUGCGGUUUGGUUCUUCCUUUUUGUGUACUCGAUAGCGACCGUCUGUUUCUGCUUCAUGAUGAGCGUAUUCUUCAACAAGGCCAAUUUAGCUGCCGGAAUUGGGGGUCUAAUGUGGUUCGUCUUCGUGAUGCCGUAUAACCUGACGUCCCAGAACUACGACUCGAUGAGUACAGGGUCUAAGAUUGGGAUGAGUAUAUUCUCCAACACGGCCAUGUCGUUUGGCGUUCUGGGAACGUUACGAAUGGAAGCAAACCAAUUGGGAUUAAGAUGGUCCAGUUUUUUCGAGCCGGCCACUAUUGAUGACGGUCUAAGUGUUGGGUUGGUCAUCAUUAUGUUACUGGUAGAUGCCCUUAUCUAUCUGCUCAUCGCUCUCUAUGUUGAACAAGUGAUGCCCGGAGAGUUUGGAGUAGCGAAGCCUUGGAAUUUCUUGUUUAAGAAGGAAUUUUGGACCGGCAUUCCUUCAGAUGAGGAUAGGGCUGAGAAAAACGGACACGUAGCUGAGAACUCAAAGUUCUUUGAACCUGAUCCAAGCUUCACUAAGCCUGGUAUCCAGAUCAAGAACCUGAGGAAGGUUUACAACAAAACCAAACCGGCUGUCCAGAACUUGAAUCUCAACAUGUACGAAGAUCAAAUAACGGUGCUUCUGGGACACAACGGAGCUGGCAAAACGACGACCAUGUCGAUGCUGACCGGAAUGUUCUCGCCAACCUCCGGAACUGCUCUCUUGAACGGGUGUGACAUCCGGACGAAUAUUGAAGGUGUUCGAGAGUCUUUGGGUCUGUGUCCGCAGCACAACGUUCUGUUUGACGAAAUGACUGUCGGCGAACACUUGAGAUUCUUCGGGAGAUUGAAAGGUGUUACUAAGGGUGACCUUCAACAGGAAAUCACGAGAUAUCUUGACAUGUUGAAGCUGGAAGACAAACGAAACGCCCAGUCUCAAACACUUUCCGGAGGAAUGAAACGAAAGUUAGCCGUCGGUAUUGCCCUGUGUGGUGGAUCCAAGGUGGUACUGCUUGACGAACCGACUUCCGGUAUGGAUCCCUCGGCUCGUCGCGCUCUCUGGGAUCUGCUUCAGUUGGAGAAGAAGAACCGCACCAUGCUACUGUCUACCCAUUUCAUGGACGAAGCUGACGUUUUAGGAGAUCGGAUCGCCAUCAUGGCUGAUGGAGUACUGAAAACUGUUGGGUCCCCGUUCUUCCUGAAGAAAACUUUCGGGGUUGGCUAUCGGUUGAUUUGCGUGAAAGCUACCAAUUGCGAUAAGGCGAAACUGAUGGGAAUACUGACCAAAUACAUCCCGGAUAUCCGCAUUGAGACGGAUAUUGGGUCUGAGCUUUCGUUUGUGUUGAAGGAGAGUUACAUUCAGGUGUUUCGGGAAAUGUUGGAGGACCUGGAGUCUUCGAUGGAAGCCUGUGGAAUUACGAGCUACGGGAUAUCUUUGACCACCAUGGAAGAGGUGUUCUUGAAAGCGGGAAGUGACAGUCUUCACGAUACUCCGGAUUCCUCGGAUAUUGCAAUCAAUACGAUCGCAGAUCAGUAUUCCUUCAACAAUCUGACCCUUUUGUCCGGGGGUGCCCUCACCGUCAGCCAACUCAAGGGUCAGCUGCUGAAGAAAGCCAUCUCGACCGGACGCUCCUGGGUUCAGCUGCUGAUCCAGAAUGCCAUCCCCAUCUUAUUCGUCGUCAUGACGUUCGCCAUUGUACGAAGCAUCCAGCGGGAUCAGGAUCUACCACCGUUAACGAUGGCCUUGGAAUCGUACCAGCAAACGGUGACGGUUCUGGAGGGUGACACAGCCAGCGGCCAAGCCGUCGAGGGAUUCCGGAGAAUGUUUGCGGGUAAAUACGAAGGAAGCAGCCAUCAGCUUUCGAUGGCCACCGAGAGUAUGAACGAUUUUAUUCUGGCAAAGUCCAGGGAAUCGAUUGGCACGGUAAAUGUGAGGUAUAUGGUGGGAGUAACGUAUUCGAGCAAUUCGUAUAUUGCGUGGUUUAACAACAAGGGAUAUCACACGGCUCCAUUGGCUAUUUCUCUCAUGUUCAAUGGUUUGCUCGCAUCGGGAUGCGCUGACUGUGAGCUGACGAUCAUCAACAAACCGCUUCCCUAUCGGGUCCAAACCCAGCUGGAUGCGUUGAACACGGGCAUUAACGCGGGCUUCCAGCUGGCUUUCAACAGUGGAUUUGCGAUGGCUUUUGUUGCUGCACUCUACGUGUUGUUCUACAUCCGGGAGCGUAAUAAUCGAGCCAAGCUGCUGCAAUACGUCAGUGGUACAAAAAUUUCGCUGUACUGGGGAGUUGCCUUUGUUUGGGAUAUGUUGAUGUUCGUGGUAACUUGUUUGAUCUUCAUCAUAACACUGGUAUCGUUCCAAGAGGAUGGCUGGUCAUCGGCUACCGAACUUGGACGUGUGUUUUUGCUGCUGUUCAUGUUCGGGUUUGCCUUCCUGCCGACCACCUAUCUGUGUUCGUUCUUGUUCAAGGUUCCUGCAACAGGUUUCGUGGUUGUUUUGCUGCUCAACAUUGUCGCUGGUGCCAUCCUAUUUACGGCAGUAAUUUUGUUGAAAUUUCCGGGGAUCGACCUGAAAGACAUCGGCAAUGCCUUGGAAUGGGUUUUCCUCCUGUUUCCGAACUUUGCCUUGACCCACGGCUUAAAUAACAUUAAUCAGAUAGUGGGAACGACAGUAGCGUGCGAAAAACAGUGCGAACUUACCCGUAACUGCGAUAUAAACAGUUUGUGCCUGCUUAUUCCGCAAUGCUGCGUUCCGGAAUUGUUCUCGUUUGAUGAACUUGGGAUCAAUCGAAAUCUGUUGUACAUGCUGCUGGUCGGUCUGGGAGCAAUGUUUGUGAUUCUCGCUCAUGAAUACCGGUUAGAUAGAAGAGCUCUGGAUGCUAUCAAAAAGACAUUGUUCAGUCGACCGAAAAAUCUCUCAAACGGUCACAUUUCCAGAGAAGAAGACACCGAUGUUUUGGCGGAGAAAAAACGAGUUCAGAGUACCAACAUCAACGACCACAACCUUGUUAUGCGAGAUGUGACCAAGUACUACAAAAGCUUCCUGGCUGUUGACAAACUAUCCGUUGCCAUAGAUCCGUACGAAUGUUUUGGGUUGCUAGGAGUAAAUGGUGCCGGUAAAACGACCACCUUCAAAAUGAUGACUGGAGACGAGAGUAUAUCCGAUGGCGACGCCUGGGUCCGGGGCAUCAGCUUGCGUUCCAACAUGGAUGGAGCAUACCAGAAGAUCGGUUACUGCCCUCAGUUCGACGCCCUUUUAGACAACCUAACCGGACGAGAAACGCUCAAAAUGUACGCUCUGCUUAGAGGAGUUCGUCCAGAGGAUCAGGACAACGUUUGCCUCACGCUAGCCGAAGAUCUCAACUUCGUUAAGCACUUGGACAAAAAAACCAAGGAAUACAGUGGAGGCAACAAAAGAAAGCUCAGCACAGCUCUGGCGCUCAUCGGCAAUCCAUCAGUUGUUUAUCUGGACGAACCGACCACCGGAAUGGACCCUGGAGCGAAACGACAGUUCUGGAACAUGAUCUGCAAAGUUCGUAGCGCCGGAAAAUCAAUCGUACUAACAUCCCACAGUAUGGAAGAAUGCGAGGCGCUCUGUACCCGACUAGCCAUCAUGGUCAAUGGCGAGUUCAAAUGUUUGGGCUCCACUCAACACCUUAAAAACAAGUUUUCCAAAGGCUUUCUUCUAACGCUCAAGGUUCACAAAGACGAAAACCAGGACCUGCUACGACAGCGCACCGAAAAUGUCAAAGAAUUCAUCAUCGGAACUUUCACGGGCGCUGUUUUGAAGGAAGAAUACAUGGACUCGUUGAGCUUCCACGUGCCGAUUACCGAUCUGCGGUGGUCCGCCAUGUUCGGGCUGAUGGAAGCCAACAAGACGCGGUUAGCCAUCGAGGACUACGCCCUGGGGCAAACCACGCUGGAGCAAGUGUUCCUGUUCUUCACCAAGGAUCAGCGGGUGGUUUAAGCUCAAGUUUGGCGUUGACGACGGCGUUCUGUAAGACUGUUAUUUAUUGCUAUGCAUUGUGUACAUUAAAGUGUUGUAAAUGAAGUUUCAAA